AUGAGGUCUUCAAGUUUGUUCACAAGUUUUUUAUUUUCAUUACAAGUCUAUGCUCAAAUUAAAACUUUAAAUUUAUUUGCCAGAGUUUUAGAUGACGCUAAUGAAUUGAGCAGUAAAUUCGCUGAUGCUCCAAUUUAUAUUGAUCUUGAUACUCCAGGUUCAAAAUUAUUAGAAGUUGAACCAAAUGACGGAAGUUCAAAAAGAAAAAGAGCUCAAAAUGAAUUUGAAUUUGAAUUUGAUGAGGAAUUACAAGAUGUUUUUAAAUUAGUUUCAGAUCAAGAAAGAUUAGAAUUAAAUGCUGAAGGAGAAAUUUUACAAAUGACAAGUUUUGUAAAACCAUUAAUUACUUAUUUAAUUGAUUUGAAAAGUGGUUUAUUAGAAAAAUUAUUACAAUUUUUAGGUAUCAGUGGAUUAAAUAUUGUUGAAAAUUUAAAAGCAGGUCUGGAACCAGCAUAUAAUGUUGUUACCAAUAAAUUACAAGUUAUUGGUAAAAAAUCAAUACCAAUUGAUAUUGUUGCAAGACAAAAAGUUGAUCCAAAAACAACUUUCAAAAUCAAAUAA